AUGAGAAAGAAUUAUGAAAAUUUAAAUUCAUCAAGACAUAAAUUAAGCAUAAAAGUGAUAAGUAAGAUGUUGAAGGACUUAAAUCAAGAGCAACAGGCACCUGAAAAGUGUUCCGGUUGUGGAGCUUCAAUAAGAGAUCGAUAUUACCUCUUAACAGCCGAUCAAGCAUGGCAUGUCAAUUGCCUUCGGUGUUGUCGAUGUUCACAGAAUUUAGAUACAGAACUAAGUUGCUAUUCUCGUGAUGGUCUCAUCUAUUGUAAAGAGGAUUAUUAUAGAAUAUUUUCAAUUAGACGAUGUGCGAGAUGCGGUGCUGGAAUAAGCUCUAGUGAUCUUGUGAUGCGUGCUCGAGAUUUAGUUUUUCAUGUGAAUUGUUUCUCGUGUGCACUUUGUGGAUUACCAUUAUCGGCUGGAGAUACAGCUGGCAUAAGAGGUGGUCGAGUGUUUUGCUGUGAGCAUUAUGAGACGGAGCUGCAAUUAGAAGCUGCAAACAUUCCACUUCAACAAAUUCCAUAUUUUCCGCAAACCACAACGACACAACAGAAAGGACGACCAAGAAAGCGAAAACCAUUGCAAAGUGAUGAGACAAUUAUUAAUACAAGCGGCGAUGGUCCUACACCCGAGCAUCUACAUGAGAAUCGAUUAGAGCUUUUAAAUGCAUCAGAGCUUGCGUCUACGGGUAGUUUAGAGUUGUCGUCAUACGAUGGAAGUCAAUCGCCAAGAAGUGGAGGUGCAAUGACACCGACAUCACGUAACAAACGAAUGAGAACAUCCUUUAAGCAUCACCAGCUUCGAACUAUGAAAUCGUACUUUGCAAUCAAUCAGAAUCCUGACGCGAAAGAUUUAAAGCAAUUGGCACAGAAAACUGGUCUGUCCAAAAGAGUCUUGCAGGUCUGGUUCCAAAAUGCACGAGCCAAAUGGCGACGCAACAUCAUGCGUCAGGAUGGAGGCAUGCAAACAAAUCCAAAUUGUCCACCCAACAUUACCUCAUAUACACCCACAGACAUUCAUACACCAAAUUCAAGUGAAUCGGACAUGACACCAUCGCAUUCACAUCAUGCAUUGGAAGAGAUGCACAACAUGACAUUUUCUGAGCUUUAUUAA